AUCUGAGUUCAUAUUCAGCAGGGCAUGCUUUUAUAGUUCGUAAGAUUCGUUACAGAUUUACCAAGGAACAAGUACUGUCUCGCGGAUGAUUUUGUGAAGAAAGACCGCAUCAAAAGUAAAGAGAGCCCCGCCGCCAUGAGCACGACACAUUCGGCGCCCGGCCGACCCCGACCCAGCACCGUGGCCGAGCACCUCGCGGGCACCGAUCAAUCGUGGCACGGCAAGGUCACCCCGGACGGACCUUUCCCCCCGCAGAAGGGGAGAUAUCACCUGUACGUCGGGCUGUUCUGCCCGUUCGCCCACCGGGCCAACCUCGUGCGCCAUCUAAAGGGUCUGACCGAGGUCGUCGACGUUUCCGUCGUCAAGCCCUACCCCAAGGGAGACGAGAACGGCUGGCCCGGGUGGAGGUUCCCCGUGAGCGGCGACGACAGUGACGAGUACCCCGCGGCGACCGUGGACAGACUCUUCGGGAGCAAGUUCCUCCACGAGGUCUACUUCAAGGCGGACCCGGAGUACAAGGGGCGAUACACGGUGCCUCUCCUGUGGGACCGUGAGACGGGGACGGCCGUCAACAACGAGAGCGCCGAGCUCCUCAGGGACCUCCAGACGGGGUUCAACGCCAUCCUGCCGCGGGAGUACGCCCAGGUCACGCUGUACCCGGAGCACCUGCGCGACAAGAUCGACGAGGUGAGUGAAUGGAUGCAGACCUACCUGAACACGGGCGUGUACAAGGCCGGGUUCGCACCGGGCCAGGACGAGUACGACAAGAACGUGGUGCCGGUGUUCGCGGCGCUGAACAAGCUGGAGAAGAUGGUGAAGGAGUACGGCGGUCCAUACAUCUUGGGCAAGGAGCUUACCGAAGUCGACAUCAGGGCGUACGCGACCUUGAUACGCUUUGACACAGUCUACGUGCAACACUUCAAGUGCAACCUUGGCACAAUCAGGCACGACUAUCCGCAGUUGAAUAACUACCUGAAGAACCUGUACUGGAACGUUCCGGGGUUUAAGGAGACGACCGACUUUCGGCACAUCAAGGAGAAUUACACCAAAAGCCACCACGACAUAAACCCAAAGGCCAUUACUCCCAUGGGUCCCUUCCCCGACGUCGAAGAGGGCUACGAACCUGACCUAAGCAAAGUGAGGAUCGGCGGUGUCUCCAUGCCCGAGGUGGUGGAGUGGGAGAAGAAGCUCUCUGCCUAAUGCUCCAAACGGCAUACGAAUACAGACUACUCAUACGGAGUAGAAGCCGCUCUGCAACACAAUGAUGCCACAUUUCAUUGCGACAUUCGAGCCCAAAAAGGAGCAGGUGAUCAGCGGUGAGGAUUUGUACUUUACGUGCAAGAGAGGAGUCGGACGAUCAUGACUUGUCGUGAGCUCCCUGGUUCUGGGUGGCUUAUCUCGUUUCCUGAUUGAUUCCAAGAGAAUGCUUCGAGAACCGCUUGCUGGAUACGAGGUUUGUGAAUGGUGGUCGAGGAGUGCGCGAUGGAGUGCGCGAAUUUGAAGAUGAAACGACGAUGGGAUACUGCUCUUGAUUACAAGACUUCUUCGCCAUCGAAUUUGUUGGUGCAGAAGAAGAAAUGGAUGAUUGUUCGAAGGACAGGCGUAAUCCACUGGAAAACAAUCAAUCGUCCAUUCCCCAGUGUAAUCGAAAUGAAGAUAUAAAGACCCAAUAAGCGUUGCGAAAUCAAGGACAAGGGGAAGAGUCAGGGAUGCCACCGACCAGUCGCGUAAUUUAGCAUAUCACCCUAUAGGCAUAGUUUAGUCGCCUCCAGGAGUCUCUGAGGAUCCCCAUUUGCCUCUA